AUGUCUUUAGAAGGUGCAAUUGGCGAAGAGAAGAAACUGAUGUCUCUUCUCAGAGAACGCCAGUACAAGUCAGAGAAUGCCCCAAGGAGUCGCAGUGCCUCUCGGAACCCGAAGGAGUGUAGCGUUGCUACAAGGUCGGAAAGCGUGACCCCGUCUGUCUACGAAGAACAAGUGUAUCCUGAAUCUAUCACAUUCAAAGAUCCAUCUUCAAGACUUUCGACGAAGCCCAUAGCAGACGAUCAAAUAGACGUCAGUUCUGAGGAAAGGUUAAGCGAUAGUGAUUAUGAAUUUUCUGUUAAUGACGAGGGAAGAAUAUUGCCAAACUACUCGUCAUCUGGUCCAGUCUCAUCUUCCAAAAAGAAGGUGGAUGAAUUGACUUUGCUAAAUGAAAGGAAAAUGAUGAAAAAGGCUGAAUCUGCAAAGAUAGCCGAUUCAUUGCUUGCGUCGGAGAGAGCUAUAAGUAACGCAAAGGCUAUUGGAAGAAAUAUCCCGACGGAAGUUAUUAAUACUCUGGAAGAACAGGCAAAAGACUCAGGGACUGAAAUCCAUGUUGAUCCGGAAGAGUUUUACCAAGAAAGGGCCGCUAGGAAGAACAAGUUGGAAGAAUAUGCGGUUUACAAAAAAAAGCUGAUAUCUUCCGGAACAACAUCCAAUGCUGAGUUUAUUGCUCCUUAUACUCGAGACCAAGAAGACAAGAUAGAUACAGAACUUGCAACUGUCUUGAAUUCUAAAACACAAAUUUCCGAUAUCGAUUCCGAUGUAUCAAAUCAGCGUGCCGUGCGUACAAUCACAAGGGGUAAUUUUUUUGAAACUUUGAUCAGCAGCGAUGUCAAACAUCCCAAGAGUUUUGUUCUUUGUAUGGAUUUCUCAGAUGAAAGCAAAUAUGCUUUGGAAUGGUGUGUUGGUACUGUUUUGGUCGAUUCCUCAGUCUUAUACAUUUUGAAUGUUUUGGAAGAUGACGAUUAUUCGUCGAUGAAUUUGAACGGUAUUCAACCAACAAGUUCUGGAAAAUCCUUAGCAACAGAUCACCCUUCGGGAACAACAAGAGAACGUACUCGUGUCAACAACGUGAAUGAAAUUACCAAACUAGUAGUUGACCUAUUGAAACUAACAAAACUUCAGAUUCAUGUGGUUAUUGAGUCAUGCCAUCAUCCUAUACCCAGACACUUUAUAGUGGGUGUUAUAAAGCACAUGUCUCCUAACCUAGUAGUUGUUGGCUCGAAGGGCUCGUCUGCCAUUAAAGGUGUUCUCAUGGGCUCGCUCUCUAAUCAUCUUGUUAGGAAGUCACCUGUUCCAGUAAUGGUUGUAAGGAAUAGGUUGAAGAAAAUUGCGAAAAAGAGUAAAUUUUCCAAUAAUGUCACUUCUCUGAAAGGGUUGGCAGAUGCAAGAAUUGAUUAG